CCUAAUACGUGUUCCAUGAAAGCGUAAUCAGCUUCUAUCCCAGCGAUUGUAAAGACCACAUACCGCUCCUCCCUAUUCCAUGUCCAUCGUACCCUAGGGCUGGAUCCAGGGUUAUUAGAUCGCCGCCGCCGCCAGCAUACGGCUGCAGAUGAAGGCCACAACUCUUCUCUCCGGCUAUCCCGACGCCAACCCACCACGCCAUGUCCGCCGGACCGACGACGGCCAGGACGACGUCCGGCGUCCAGCGCUGGAACGAGGAGCUCGACCAGGCUGAGCUGGGCGUCCAACCGGACAAGGCAGCAGUCCACGCCGGCGAGUGCGUGCAUGGCCCACCCCUCCGCCCACGGCGAUGCGGCUCCCGGCUGCGCAGCCGCAGCGUGGAGCAUCCGCGCGUAUGUGUAUGCGUCAGCGGCCACCCUACACGCUGCAUCUUCAUGAAUACGCCUAUUAAAUCCAGACUUGCAGCAAGGCGUCGCCGCGGACUUUACUGGCCCAACGCUGCCGUGAUGGCCGCCACACUCCUCACGCGGACACCAUGGCCUGGACGCAGCAACGUGACACCACAUCACUACGCCUACACUAGAUUCAGCAAAGGAACUCCGGCCCAUCCAACUUUCAGCCAUACAUCCUUCAGCCUUCUACACCACGCCGGCAAGCCGGAAAGUGCUACAACAGUGGCAGCGCUCUCCCAGGCACUUGGGCUGCCCACAACUCCUACAAAAUAAAUUGGCACAAGCUUACUCACAUAGAUUUGCAGAUCGGCGCGUGUUAAAAAUAUGUACAUGCAGAUGGAUCAUUCGCAGAUCAUCUUUAUCGGGAAGGACUACUUCUCAAGCGACUACUGCCUUUAUCAAGUAAAGGAUCUUUGUCAGCAGUACAUUCUUUGAACUUUAUUAGUUAUAUCAUCUCACUCUUCCUAUGUUGUAUUGUUUGUACAUAAUGAGUAUUGCUGCUCAAUGCAACCACUAGAAUGCAAUGAUUAGUAACUCUUCUUGCACUGUUGCAUCUAUAUGAUUGACCUUGUAUAUUCCGGGUUGACAUGCCAUUAUAUUUGACUGUACUGACAUUGAUGAUAUGCAUUUGAUGACAAUAGCAAAAUUAUAACCUAUUGGCAUGUAACAUUCUUUGAAAUGAUAUGACUAUGUUUUUUUUUCUUUUACAACUUGCUUACAGAUAUACUCCCCCUGUCCCUAAAUAUGUCUUUUUAGAGAUGUCAAUAUGAACUACAUACGGAUUUAUAUAGAUGUAUUUUAAAGUGUAGAUUCACUCAUUUUGCUCUGUAUAUAGUCCAUAUUGGAAUCUUUAAAAAGACUUGCAUUUAGGAACGGAGGAAGUACAUGUUUUCUGCUUAUGAUAAUUUGCCGGAGCAUUUAGGGGUAGUGAAUUAACCAGAAAACUGAACGUGCCCAAGUAAAAAAUAAUAUGAGAAGAAAAUUUAGUCUGAAUCAUCGUAGCCAUAAAUCUCACACUAUAGCUCUGCUGGAUAUAUUGCCGACACCCUCACCACUUCGCCCGCCCGCUGGAUAUAUUGCUACUCCUCUAGGGAUGUCUUUCUUCUUUGCAGCUCUGUGUGCCAUGUCGGCGGCCAGGUUGACCGGUGGUGCCCAUGUCAUAUGGGUUGGGAUGUAUCGGUUUUAGCCCAGUUUUCCGUCAAUUAACCGUGCAAUUCUCUUCUUAAUCAAUGAAAAUGGCAAGUCUUUUGCCUUGUUUCAAAUGUUUUUUUACUCAGCCAUCAAAAAUGCCAAGCCUCAAAUCUGCAUUCAAAUUGCUAGGAAGCUUCUCCUAAUUUCUGACCACUCCUAAUUGGACUCAUACAACAAGUAUUAUAGUUCUUUCAUACAAGUUGAGUAUGAACAUACUGAUUUUGUACUAAUGGAGAUUGCCCUCAGCCAGUGAAAUAUCCAAUUUCUGGAUCACCUCAUUUCCCAAUUCUAAUCUAUCUAUAAUCUUUUUUGAGAUAUUAAGAUUGUAUCCAUGACAUGGGAAAUGUAAGUAGCAUGUUGUGACAUGCAUGGA